GUUUAUAUAUAUAGGGAGUAGCACUGCCCCAUGUCAAAUACUAUCAUUCUCACUCACAGCUGCCUUCCAACAUUAUAAGAUAUCUGACGGAUCUUUAAGGCCAAAAUGUCUUGGGAUGACGGAACGCACGCGAAGGUGAACAGAGUCCAGCUUACGUUUGAUGACGUCAUCAGAUCUAUCGAGGUUGAAUACGAGGGCACCAACGUUCAGCCCCAGCGUCGUGGCACCGUUGGCACCAACUCUGACGAAUUUACACUGAGCUCAGACGAGUUCAUAACGCGUGUGUCUGGUUACUACCGAACGACUUUCUCCGGAGACGUUAUAACGGCGUUAUUGUUUAGGACGAACAAGAAGACCUAUGGGCCUUAUGGAAACCUAACACGAAACUUCUUUUCUGCUGACGCACCGAGAAACAACCAAAUCGCUGGAUUUCUAGGAAAUAGUGGAAGUGCACUCAACUCCAUCAACGUUCAUUUUGCUCCCAUUCCUCCCCCUGGUAGCAUUAAACCAAAACCUGCUGGCCCCGGAACAGGCGACGCUGGAAGCGGUCAACCUGUUAGCCCAGGACCCGGCGAUGCGGGAGGUGGUCCAAAACCUGGUGGUCCUGGAACCGGUGAAAACGGAGCCGGCACUAAACCUAGUGGUCCCGGAACCGGUGAAAACGGAGCCGGCACUAAACCUGGUGACCUUGGAACCGGGGCAGAUGGAGAAGGUACUAAACCUGGUGGCUCUGGAACCGGCGAAGACGGAGCCGGUACUAAACCUGGUGGUCCUGGAACCGGUGAAAACGGAGCCGGCACUAAACCUAGUGGUCCCGGAACCGGUGAAAACGGAGCCGGCACUAAACCUGGUGACCUUGGAACCGGGGCAGAUGGAGAAGGUACUAAACCUGGUGGCUCUGGAACCGACGAAGACGGAGCCGGUACUAAACCUGGUGGCCUUGAGACAGGAGAAGACGGAGCUGGUACUAAACCUGUUGGCUCUGGAACUGGCAACGAUGGAGGCGGUCCUAGACCUGUUAUCCCUGGAAAGAUGGGACCCCUUGGUGGUGACAAGGGAAAUGAAUUCGACGAUGUUGGUUUUGAUGGUGUGAAGAAAAUAACUGUGGGAGCAGAUGAAUUCAGUAUAACUUAUAUCAAGAUCGAAUACAGUAAGGACGGAAAAGUUGAAAUACGUGAGCACGGGACAAGCCGCGGGCAACUAAAAGAGUUUUCGGUGGAUUAUCCAAAUGAUAAUAUCGUGGCCGUUGGUGGAAGCUACAAUCAUAUUUUCACAUAUGAUACAACGCUUAUCACAUCGCUAUACUUCACAACCUCCAGGGGUUUUACCUCUCCAUUAUUCGGUGAGAAGACGGGAACAGAUUUCGAGUUCCAAGGUGAAAAUAGAGGAAAACUUCUCGGGUUCCAUGGACGUGCUGGUUUUGCUAUUGAUGCCAUCGGAGCUUACUUCCACACUGGUUCACAAGGUGGCCAGGGAGGUGGUCCUAGACCUGUUGUCCCCGGAAAGAUGGGACCCUUAGGUGGUGCCAAGGGAAAUGAAUUUGAUGAUGUUGGUUUUGAUGGUGUGAAGAAAGUAACUGUGGGAGCAGAUGAAUUCAGUGUAACUUAUCUCAAGAUCGAAUACAUAAAGGACGGAAAAGUUGAGAUACGUGAACACGGGACAAAUCGCGGGCAACUAAAAGAGUUCUCGGUGGAUUAUCCAAAUGAUAACAUCGUGGCCGUUGGUGGAAGCUACAAUCAUAUUUUCACAUAUGAUACAACGCUUAUCACAUCGCUAUACUUCACAACCUCCAGGGGUUUUACCUCUCCAUUAUUCGGUGAGAAGAAGGGAACAGAUUUCGAGUUCCAAGGUGAAAAUAGAGGAAAGCUUCUCGGGUUCCAUGGACGUGCUGGCUAUGCUAUUGAUGCCAUCGGAGCUUACUUCCACACCGGUUCACAAGGCGGUGAGGGAGGUGGUCCUAAACCUGUAGUACCCGUAAAGAUGGGACCCCUAGGUGGUGACAGGGGAAACGAAUUCAACGAUGUUGGUUUCGAUGGUGUGAAGAAAGUAGCUGUGGCAGCUGAUGAAUUCAGUGUAACCUACAUCAAGAUCGACUACGUAAAGGAUGGAAAAGUUGAAAUCCGUGAGCACGGGACAAGUCGAGGGCAAGUAAAAGAGUUUUCGGUGGAUCAUCCAAAUGAUAACUUCACGGCCGUUGGUGGAAGCUACGAUCAUAUUUUCACAUAUGAUACAACACUUAUCACAUCAUUAUACCUCACAACCUCAAGAGGAUUUACCUCUCCUUUAUUCGGUGAGAUGAAGGGAACAGAAUUCGAGUUCAAAGGUGAAAAUGGAGGAAAGCUUAUUGGAUUCCAUGGACGUGCUGGUCAUGCUAUUGAUGCUAUUGGGGCCUACUUCGACACUGGUUCUAAACCGGGGGGCGACUCAAACAGUGGAAAAGGAACUGACAGCGGUUCUAGUACUAAAGACAGUGGAAAAGGAACUGACAGCGGUUCUAGUACUAAAGACAGUGGAAAAGGAUCUGACAGCGGUUCUAGUACUCAAGACAGUGGAAAAGGAUCUGACAGCGGUUCUAGUACUCAAAGACUGGAGGCACAAGGAGGCAAGGGAGGCAAUCAAUGGGAUGACGGAGGCGAUUACGACGGUGUGACAAAGAUACAUGUUGCAGUUGGUCGAUGGAUUGAGGAAAUCAGCUUCGAGUAUGUCAAGAACGGACAGACAAAGAAAGGACCCGCACGUGGUGUGAGGGGAAGGAGAUCUACCAUUGGAACGUUUGAGAUAAGUCAUCCCAACGAGUAUCUUAUUUCCGUGAAGGGUUGGUCAGAUUCAUCCAACAAAAUUGCGGGAAUUCAAUUCAAAACCAACACAAAGACUUCAAAGUAUUAUGGAUUUGAAAAAAUUCCUGGAGACGAAAGUACAGACAUUUUACUUGAAGUGAAAGACAAGAAGAUCGUCGGUUUUCAUGGCUUCGCGGACUCUCACGUCAAUGCUCUUGGAGCUUAUAUUGCUCCAGCAGCCAACUGAAAACUUUGUUGGGGUUUGUUUCUUGCUUUCCGUGUGAAUAAAGUUACCUCAGAGUCAUACUUGUGGAUUUGUCACUUCGAGGUGGCAUGGGCUAUGCUUUUUGUUUGUGUCUCAGUGUAAUUUUUGUGUGUUCAGUGUGAUGUUUGUGUAGUCACUUGUAGGGUUCUUUCUUGAUUUUCUUAUGAAUAAAGGAUGUGUCUGUUUAUUUUCA